GACGACGACGACGACGACGAUGACCACGACAACGACGACGACGACGACGACGACGAGCCCAUGAAGGUGGAGAUGGCCGUGGGUGCCGACGACGACAUUAGCUCGAACGAGCCGAGCUUGGCGGUGGCGGCGGCGGCGGCCUUGGCCCCGCUGGCGCCGCUGGACCCGCUGCUGCUGGGCGCCGUGGACCAGGAGAAGUGCCGCAGCAUCCGCAAGCAGUACCGGCGCCUCAUGCACGUGGUGCAGGAGAGCCGCGACGACAUCGUGCACACGUCCAGCGACACGCUGUCGGAGGCGCUCGAGGAGGCCAACGUGCUGUUCGACGAGGUGAGCCGCACGCAGGAGGCGGCGCUGGACGCGCAGUUCCUCGUGCUGGCCUCGGACCUGGGCAAGGAGAAGGCGCGGCAGCUCAACGCCGACAUGAGCUUCUUCAACCAGGUGGCCUUCUGCGACUACCUGCGGCUCUUCGUGGGCCUCAGCUGGCUGGAGCGUGGCGGCGGCGGCGGCGGCGACGAGCCCCAGCAGCAGCGACGGCGGCGGCGGCGCCUGGAUGACCGCGUGGCCCGCACCUUCUGGGCCCUGCUGCAGCGCGAGGCCGCCUCGUGGCUCCGGCACGCCGAGCCCUUCCGCUUCGUCUUCGGCGCCUUCCAGCCCGAGCGGCCGGCCGUGGCCUUGGCCUCGGCCUGGCCCCGCGCCCGCUCCCACGCCUCGCCGCACGCCGCCCGGAAGGCCCGCCGCCCGUCGGACGAGGUCCGGGCCAUGCCCACCAAGCUGCGGCGCCUGGACCUGUACGCCCACCACGAGGCGACGGAGAAGGAGGUGGAGAGGAUCCUGGGGCUGCUGCAGACCUACUUCCGCAAGGACCCCGACACGCCCGUGUCCUACUUCGAGUUCGUCGUCGACCCCAAGUCCUUCUCGCGCACGGUGGAGAACAUCUUCUACGUCUCCUUCAUCAUCCGCGACGGCUUCGCCCGCCUCCGGCUGGACCAGGACCGCCUGCCCAUCCUGGAGCCCAUCAGCCUCAGCCGGCAGGGCGAGGACUGCGACUUCGGGUACCACGGCCGGAAGCAGGGCAUCAUCUCGCUGAGCUUGCAGGACUGGAAGAAUAUCGUGGCGACCUUCGAGAUUUCAGAGGCCAUGAUCACCAACUCCUGCUAGGCCCGGGCUUCUGGUCUGU